AACGAUUACUUUGCCGUACCGAUUACAACGAUUACUGGUACAGCUUGGUACCAGUUACUUUUAGUGAUUACUUUGUAAUCGCGAUUACUCUUGCGGACACAACUGCUAUCGUAGACUGGGGAACCAGGAAUCCGUUUUUGUCCGCCUGUUCCAACGAAUACGAUUACAUCCUGUACUCACGUUUCCACCCAUGACUCAGUCUGCAUUCGUCAUUUGGUGCAUUGACCCCUAUUUCAGUUCAGCAGGUUACAAAGGAUGGGGGGAGGAGGUUGGUUGGGGUUUCCAGGAAUAUGUCUUAGUCAUCAGCGCAGCAACCAGAUUGGUCGGUUACUCGGUUUAUCCCGCGCCCCUUAGGAGGGGGAACUAAACGAAUUCCCGUUCCAUAAAGUUCCAUUAUAUUUUCAUUUCGUCGUCAAUAUAAGUAUACUUCUUGGCUCUCUUGUGGUAAACGUGUAGUAAGCUUAGAUUGUAAAACAUAUUGUGUGUUGUGCAAUGUUUAUAAAGUGUUAGUUAGUUGCAUGGUUAUUUCAUUGUGUAAUAAAGUGUUGUUUGAAAUUAAAUGGAGCCUCCAGCAGCAAAACGUAAGAAGACGAGUGAGAUUUGGAACUUUUUUGAUCCAGUAGGUACAAAUCAAGCAAUUUGUAAGCUUUGUAAAAGGAAAUUUUCUUUUACUGGUUCUAUUUCUAAUUUAAAAAAACAUAUGGGAAGGAAGCAUCCAACAGUUUCAUUGCCUGCCGCAACAGUAGAGUUACCAGCUACCAGUAAUGAAGACAGAACUAACGUUAUUACUGAAGAGACACCUAUAGUUAUCGAGUUUUCACAAUCUCAGCCAGUAGAGCUUCCCGACACAGCUAGACUGUUGCCUUCAGUGAUGUUUCCGAGUACGAGUACAAUAACAAGUAAGACUACCACAGAUGUAACAGUCCCUUUGUACACGUUACCAUCAAAGAAAAAACAAACACCAAUUACGUCAUUUGUGCCUAAAAAAAUCACACCAUCGGAUAAAAAUAAAAUUGACUUGGCCAUAUUAAAAUUAUUUGCUUGGGAUUUUCAGCCAUUUUCAAUGGUAGAGGACAGAGGCUUUAAAAAUCUCAUGGAAACUUGCUGUCCUUCCUAUAAAAUACCUGGUAGAAAAUAUUUUUCUAACUCAAUGAUGCCAGCUAUUUUUGAAGAAACCCGCACUACACUUAAACAUACUUUAGAGAAGGAAGCAACAAGUGUUUGUCUUACAACAGACAUAUGGACAUCAAGUAAAAACGACAGUUAUAUGGGCAUCACAGGCCACUACAUAACUGAAGAUUUUUCAAUGAAAACAGUACUUUUUCAAUGCUCAGUUUUCGAAGAAACCCAUACUGCUAAAAACUUAGCAGACGAAAUUUUUUCAGCUAUAAAUGAGUGGGAUAUAAAAAAUAAAGUAUCCAUGAUAGUUUCAGAUAAUUGUUCAAACAUUACUAGUGCAGUAACAAAAGUGUUGAAGAUGAAACACUAUGGCUGUUACGCUCAUAAGUUAAAUUUACUUGUCCAACAAUCAUUACAUCCUGUUGAAGACCUGAUAAAAAAAGUCAAAACUAUAGUCUCCCACUUUAAACGUAGUAACAAAGCAUCACAAAAACUGAUUAAGUAUCAGGAGUUGCAGGGAGCCAAACAGCCUAAAAGGAUCUUGCAGGAUAUUGCUACAAGAUGGAACUCUACGUUCUACAUGUUACAAAGGUUCGUAGAUUUGGAAGAGGCUAUAAAAUAUUCCCUAGCAAUCCUGGAUACCGAUUUGACCCCAUUAAGUUCGGAUGAGUGGGAAAUUUGUAAGCAGUUGUGUGACGUCCUACGCCCAUGUGAAGAAGUUACCAAAGAGAUGAGUAGCGAAAAAUAUUUGAACGCCAGUAAAGUAAUCCCAAUAACAAGGGGUUUGAAGUCUGCUCUUAAGAAAAUUUCUGUUAAUGUUACUAAAGAAAGUGUGAAAGACGUGCUUAAUUCCAUGCUCAAAAGCUGUGAUGACAGAUUUCCGAACUUGGAAAAAAGUAAAACCUUAAGACUUUGCACAUUCCUCGAUCCCCGCUAUAAACAUCACAUGUUUCUAGAAGAAUCUACAACCAUUGAAAUCAAGAAAGACCUGUGUGAUUUAUUAGUUGGAGUCAUAAAUCAAAAAAGAAAUGAACAAAAUCCUGAGGACCUCAGUGAUAAUGAAGUUGAACCAGACCAAGAAACAGAAUCUACCGAGAAAAAGAUUUCAGUUUGGGAUGAUGUUGAGGAAAUAAUUGCUAAAGUGAAACCGAAAUCCAAUCCCACUUCAAUGGCAAUCCAAGAGAUACAAAAAUACAUGGAUGACAGUCCAAUAUCUAGGAAAAAGGAUCCACUGGAGUGGUGGAAAUGCCACAAAAACAUUUAUCCCCAUCUAGCCACAGUAUUUAUUCGGAGCUGUGGCAUUGUCGCAACAUCCGUCCCUUGUGAGAGGAUGUUCUCUAAAGCUGGUUAUUUUAUAAGUGACAGAAGAACCCGUUUAACAACAAAAAAAGUAAAUGAACUGAUGUUUUUAAACACAAACCUAAAGUAGACCAAGACUUUUAAAACUGCAACUCUGGUGAAUCGAGGGUAGGCCUACAGUUCUUCGAAACUCAUUGUUUUGUAUGUAAUUACACCUACAUAAUUAAUAUUAAUGACUCUAGUUGAUCUUUUGAUAUUUUUUCUAUUAUGAUGUUAUGAAGUACUAUCUUAUUAUAAUUAUGUCAUUUCUGUUAAUUUGUUCCUAUUUCGUAUUUAAUGCCUAAGUAUAAGUUACCUCAAACAAAACAGACUGAUACAUGUUAUUUUUUCUUAAUUUAGAUGUGUUUUUUAUAAUGUUAUUCGAUACAAGAAAUAUUGAUUCUCGGAAAUGAUUUUUCUUUAUAUAUGGUUUGUAUAUAGUUAGUUACAGUU